AUGAUUUGCCUUUCUGAUAUCAGCGGGCAAUUAGGGCCGCAAUUGAGUGCAUCGGCUUGCUCUCUACCCUUUUAUCGUGCGAUUUCCACCCUAAUGGCAAAAUCCCACCCUUUUAUUGAUCAAUCAUCUAACUUAUUCAACUCUCCCAUUACCACAUCCAGUCUUUCUCUCAAUUCAUCUAGAUCAUCUUCUUCUCUUUGUUCAACCACUUCUUCUACCAAAGAUGCUCCUCAAGUAUCCUUGCUGACGGCAGCCCCCUUUUCCACAAAGGCUUCACAAUAUAUUCCUAUUUCUCUUAAUGCAAACCAUUUGGAGUCUUCUAAAAAUGGCAUUCUUCAGUGCCAGAACAGUGAUACCAGAAAGAUGAGCGCUUCAUCAGCCACUACCACUGAUGAUGAGUUUCUUGUUGAAAAGACUUACUCUGAUUCAUCCAGAACGUCGAUUUCAUCGGAUGAUGAGACACUUCCGUUCAAAGGAUCUCCUUAUUUUGGAAGUUUUGAUGAUGUCUCAUCUCUUGAAAAGUUGCUCGCUUUGAAACGCAUCGAUAAGCAUACUUUUGUCAACUGCUCAGAGCUCUUUAUUCCAUACAGAGGGCGUGGAUUAUUUGGAGGAACAAUGGCCUCCCAAGCUAUAUUGGCUGCUCUUCUGUUCUCAAAUACAGUUGAGAAGAAAUGGAAGCCUAUCUCUAUACACUGCCACUUUCUCUAUGCUGCACAGCCCCAGCCACAGUUAUUCUACAAAGUGGCAAGUCUCAAAGAUGGAAAAAACUACAGGACGCUUUCAGUGGAUCUUUUUCAAAAUGACAAGCUCAUAUUUAGGGCUACUUGUUCUUUGCAGGCGUACGAGCUGAGUGGUUCUGCAUCAAAGUUGAAUGGCCAAUUGAGCCAUCACAAAAAAGGCCCUGUUGUGGGUAAAGAUAUUGAUCCACCAGAAAAGAUGUUCUCUCAAAAAGAAGCAUUUUCCGCAUGGUCUAAGGUCGCAUACAAGCAUAAGCAUCUAGGAUACCUAAAGGAUGCUUUGGCAGCAGUUACUGCAAGCUAUUCGAGGGAGCCUUGUGUAUGGAAAUUACCUUUGGACAUGUUUGACCUAAAUAAGGUGUCUGAAUCCGAAAAGAGCAUAAUUCCUAGUGAGCGAACUCUUCGUUAUUGGGUUAAAACCAAAGAGCCACUAGCAGAUGCUCACGUCUUUUCAUGGGUGGCUUUAGCUUAUGUGUCUGAUUAUUUCUUUCUCAGUACCAACAUGCGGCUUAACAUGAGAGAGAUGUUUACGACCAAGUUUUCCGUCUCCUUGGAUCACACAAUUUACUUUAACACUGAAACUGAUGUCUCGGACUGGUUCAACUACAAUGUGAAAAGUCUGAAAUCAGGCGAGAACCGUACAAUAAUGGCUGGAGAAAUGUUUGACAGAGCUGGAAAUCUUCUUGCAACUACAUACCAGGAGGGCCUCUCUGUUAUUUUUACCGACUGA